AUGUGGCCUGUGGCUAGGCAGAGGCUGGCCAGGAUGGUGGCCGAUCUAAUCUGUAAAAGGAGGAAUGUACAGAUUCAUCAUUUUUAACUUCCCUGGAGACUGAGAGUUCGGGCGACAGCUUAAGAAUGCUGAUGACACUUUUUUGGGUGGUGCGAUGUUAAAGUUCCUUACGUAAGCAUAUCAGUGCCAUGAGAGAUUGUCCAAGGUGACUUUGAAACCAGUUGAAAGUAGUUUCAGGGCGUUGAUGAAGAGUCUGGAUUCAUGUGUAUGUGUACGAGCUAUGUCCGUUCAUAACGGCAGGUAUUAGGCAGAACAAUGGAGACAGUUACGGGGAGAAAAGGCAGGAUGCUGGGAUAGCUCUGCGAAAGUUUAUCUAUUUCAGUGUGUGAUAUUCCAAGCUGCAAUGGAUGGCGAAGAAGUGGGGUCGCGGGGAGUUUUGGGGUCUGGGGUCCGACUACGACCCGGACUGGGUCCUGACGGAGGAACAGAAGAAGUUGAGGGAUGACCUCAUCGACCUCUGCAGAAGGAAGAUACGACCUCUGUCAGUCGAGUACGACCAGAACUACACCUUCCCUCGUGAGUCGAUGAACGCCUUGGCGGAGCUGGGUCUCUUGGGGCUUGUCGUUCCCAAGGAGCUGGGUGGGAGGGGAGAGAACCAUGUGUGUAUGGCCAUGGUGGUUGAGACCAUCGCCAGAUAUGGUUGUCCCUCUACUGCUAUGGUAUACACUAUGCAUCUGUUGGCCACUUGCAUUAUCACCACAAAAUACCACGACAGUCUGGAGAUCCGUCAACUCUUGAGUCGCCUUGACCGGGACAAAUUGGUGGGGACCACUGCAUUUUCAGACCCAGCCACAGGUGGACACUUCUGGUACCAAAUCUCUUGCAAAGCAAGGAUGGUGGACGAAGAUACUAUGCAAGUCUUGAAGUACGGUUCCUGGUGCACCAGCGCUGGUCAUGCCGACUGGUACACCAUUAGCAUCAACAGCCCAGAUUUUGAUGGAGAUCACACCGAUCUGGCUCUUCUCAUAGCCUACGCGGAUGAAGUCAGGGCAUACAACGAUGAAUGGAAGGCUUUGGGAAUGCACGGGAAUAUGUCUGGGCCUGUCAUCGUGGAGGGGAAAUUCAAGACACAGCGAAUUGUUGGGAAAAUGGGCAAAGAAACUAAGCUGAUUAUAGAGGAGAUCGCCCCCCUAUUCGGCCUAGUAACCGCUGGCUGCUGGAACGGCAUCUCCAUGGGGUGCAUGGACCUGGCCAAAAAGCACGUCACCCGGAAGGCUCACGCCGACCUCGGUCUGCGCAUCUGCGAUUAUGCCACCAUACAGGACUACUUCGGGGAGAGCCUUGCCCAAACCAGCGCCUCCAGACUGCAGACUUUCCUGAUGGCUCAACGCCUGGAUCAGGUGACAGGCAACUGCGACUGGGAGAAGCACAGCGACCCCAAUUAUACGCCAAGACUACAUAAUGAAGUUUGGCUAUGGCAAGUCAAAUACAUCGCCGCUCAUACGGUUUACCAAGUUUCAGACAGAAUGUUGCAGGCCUGUGGAGGAACGGGUUAUAAGACUGAGAUGGGCCUUGAGCGCCUUCUGCGAGAUGGAAGAGCAGGUUGGUUGAUGUCGCCUUCCAAUGAGUUCCUCAGGUCCAUAAUUGGCAAAGUCGGGCUUAUGGGCAUCGAUUCUUUUGAUCCAUGGGAACAAUCUGCCAACGAUCGAGUAAUCCACAACGAGGUCCAGAAGCUGAGCCUCGAGCAGAAGAGGGAACUGGCCCAGAGUCUGCUGGACGAAGUCGCUGCCAACGAAAAGGGCAAAGUGGCCAAACAUCCCUUCCAGGACACAGACUUUGAGAACCCCUCCAAUACAUGUCCCCCAGCUGCCUGUGACAAGGGAGUCGAGUCAGCCGAUGGAGUUCGUCACGAGGCAGCAAUGAGCCCGGAUUCUUGGAUCACAGCAAAGUUGCUGACUUUCACCAGAAUUGGCCAAACGAUGGGCGCCUUCAAGUUCUCGCUUCCAAAGGACACCGACCAUACAGGAUGUAAGGCCGGGCAGUAUGUAGCAAUCAAAGUUACCGCAGGCGGAAGGGACCAUAUCCGCUACUUCUCACCCGUUUCUUGCCCAGAUGAUUAUGGCCAUAUCGAUUUAGUGAUGAAGUUCGAAACUCAAGGAAUUAUGUCCAAAUAUUUCUCGUCCUUGAAACCAGGCGACGCAGUCCUGAUCCAGGGUCCCUGUGGAGGCUUCGAGUAUGACCCGAACAAGCUGGACCAACUGACCCUCGUGGCCUCUGGAGGAGGAAUCACACCUGGACUGCAGCUCAUCAGGUCCAUAAUAAAAGAUCCAAAGGACAAGACGAAAAUCAAAUUGCUCUACCACUCGGAGACCCUCGACGAUGUUCUCUUCAAGAAGGAACUGGAUCACUUCGCCGCCCAGGACGAACGUCUUCAGAUUGUCUACACUCUGGGAUCUGCCCCAGAGGACUGGGAGGCAGAGGAAGGAUUUAUUGAUACACAGAUGAUUGACAAACACGUCCCAAAGCCCAAUGGCUUGAAACAGAAGAUCGUGAUGUGUGGAGGCCCCACGAUGGUCAUUUCGUGCCUGCACUCUCUGAAGUCGCUGCGUUUCCCGUCUCAGGACAUCUUCGUCUACGGACCCUUCGGCACCGAGCUCGUCAGGUCUGUGUUUGGGAGAAACACGAAACUUUCGGGGCAUUCCUGUAGCGACCUCUAGUGGAGGGGAUCACUCGAAGAAGAAUUCUGAAAUGUCUCCUUCUAGCGAAUACAAAGAAUACUGUACGAGUAAUCAAUGUUGGGUUUUUUCAAUUCUUUUGUAUUAAUCUGUCAAAGAAUUGUAACGAUAAAGUUUGAUGCUCUACUU